AUGAAGAUGCUCCCAGCUAUUCACUCUCACCUUUCUCACAAGCGUGCGCACGACGCGAAUCUUCCGGUCGAAUCGCGAGGGAAGAUCGACCUCGUCUUCUCCGUCUCUCGCCGAAAGGAUUUUCUUCACACGUUGCAGGUAGAAAGGAUGAAGGGACCCGCUGCUGUCCUGAUGUUAGCCGUCCUGGGCGCAGCCGUGGGCCAGGAGUACGCGGGAGGCCACGCCCUGUUCGUCAGAACUUCGCCGGCAGACGCACACUCGAGAGUCCAGCGAGCCGCUCCAACGUCGCCCGCGGACGUGAUGGCGCAAAAUAUCCUAGAGUGGAUUCAAGGGAUCUACCGGCAGGGCGCACGUAAAAUUCGCCAGCAGUCGGAUCCAGCCGGGUACCUACCGCCUUACAGCACCCAAAGGCCACCGGAGAGACCCAGACCUUUCCAGUCGGCAACGGGCGGUCAACAGCCUAGCUACUCGUCCCCUGCUCAAAACGAGGUAACGAAUUACCCUUACCAGAGGCCGUCCACCGUGCAAGCUCCACCGUAUACCAGCCAGAGGCCCACGUAUCUACCUCCGAACAAUCAGUCGCCGUACGGGCCGUCCACCUCUUACAACCCGCGACCGACACCCUCGUCCUACUCGAACUCCGGCUCUUCCGCUUUCCCGCCGUUCAGCACGACGAGAACCUCGACGACCUACUUGCCACCGUCCACCGGCUAUCCGAGCACAAGCCCUAGGUCACCCUCCCCCGCGCAGACCGCUGGAGUCUCAACGAGCUACGGUUACUCGACGCCCGGCGGAUUUUCAUCCACGUACAGCUACACGACUCAAAGAGCCAGCCCCGCUUACGGGCCAUCCGGUUCCGCGGAUGGAAGCGCGGCUAGCGGCGCUGGGGUCUCGAUCGCUGGAUACCCUGGUGCCAGUGGGUUCACCACUUACGGAUACCCGACCGACAAUCCGAGACCUCCUUUCCCGACCCCCGGCACCGGGGCCAACUCGUACGACCAGGGCACAGCGGCUGGCUACCCUUCUUCUCCUGGCUUUCCGUCCUCGACACCCGGCGGAGCGUUCCCGCCGACGGAUUACACGGGCGGCACUAGCGGUAGCGGUAACGUUAACGUUAAACCACCUAACCGAGAAGGAACGAGCGGCACCGGUGUCACCACGGGAACAGGAACAACCCCCGAUGAUGACGAUCUGAAACAUCCCCCGCACAUUCACGCUCUCGACGUCGAAUGCAGCAAAACUAUGAUGACCAUUAACAUCGAAUUCAAUCGGGCCUUCGACGGAAUCAUCUAUUCCAAGGGAUACUACGCGACCCCGGAGUGUAGGUACGUGGCGCAGAAUUCAGGACAGACGAAAUACUCGUUCACGGUGAAUCUAGACUCCUGCGGUACGCAAUUCAUCAAUGACUUCGCCGGGGACGCUGGCCAAGCGUAUCUCGAGAACGUGCUGGUUCUGCAGAACGAGCCUGGCAUACAGGAAGUCUGGGACACCGUGAGGCGCGUCCGAUGUCUUUGGGAAGGAAACAUCAAUAAAGCGCUGACCGUCAACUUUUCCGUAGACAUGCUGAAUCAAGAGAUCGUCACGUUCAGCGGUGACACGGCGGUCGCUAAGUUGGACAUACAGGUCGGAAGAGGUCCGUUCGCGACUGCGGCCGACGGUCUCGUGAAAAUCGGGGAGACCAUGACUCUGGUCGUGUCGGUCGAAGGAGAUCCCGCUUUCGAUCUACAAGUUCGCGACUGUAUCGCGCGCGACGAGUCAUCCGCUAACGUGCUGCAAUUGACGGACGAAAGGGGCUGCAUACUGAAACCGAAGCUUUUCGGAGCGUUCCAAAAGACGAAUGACACCGGGAACACUGGAGCUUCGAUCAUCGCGUACGCGUACUUCCAAGCCUUCAAGUUCCCCGAUGUGAUGGAUUUGUUCAUCGAAUGCAACGUGGAACUGUGCAAGACCGACUGCGAACCCUGUCCGGAUGCGAAUCAGCAAAUCGAACCAGGUAGACGGCGUCGUCGAUCGGUGAGUCCAGCGGUGCCGAGCAGACCUUCGAACACUUCGGCGGUGCUUCUCUCGGAUCCAGUACGAGUCGCUCGGGGAUUCCGAGUGAUCAUGGUAGACGAUCUGAGCGAACCCAGUAAUCAACCGAUGGAACAGCUCGAACAUAUCGAUCACCUCGAGCACAUCGAAUACACCGGUGUCGAACAGAACCCAGCUACGACGAACGUUUGCAUGACUUACAGCGGAUUCUUCGUCGCGACCUCGUUCAUGACGAGCACCGUCGUCGCAACGACGAUCAGCGCGCUCGUCUUCUACAUUAAACUGCAACGAGUUUACAGAUCGAAGUGUAUAAACUCGUAA